AUGGUGCCGCGGUGCCAGGUUGAAGUAUUGUAUUUUGCAAAAAGUGCUGAAAUAGUGGGAGUUCGUUCAGAGACCAUUUUUGUGCCACAAGAAAUAAAAGCAUUGCAGUUGUGGAAGGAGAUAGAGUCUUGGCAUCCUGGAUUGGCUGAUGUUAAAAAUAAAGUGAUAUUUGCUGUUUAUCAAGAAUAUGUCGAGCUUGGAGAUCAGCUCCUUUUGCUUCAACCGGGAGACGAAAUUGCUAUUGUCCCCCCAUUAGUGGAGGGUAGUGCUUCUGAGCUGUCUAGUUAUGAGGAGGAGGAGGUGGAGGAUGAGGAGAAUGUUGAAGGAUAUUUUCCUGUAUAUUUUGGAGGAAUCAUGCUUAUGUGCAGACAGAAAGAGGCAUAUUAUCAACUAAAGGAGGAGGAGGAGGAACAGGAGGAGGAGGAGGAGAAGGAGGUUGUGCAAGGACAUUUUCCUGUGUCGUCUGGAGAGAUUAUGCUUAUGUGCAGACAGAAUGAGGCAUAA